AUGACUCGCGAGGGCGGGCGCGCUCCGGGCCGGGCUCCGACGGCUGCAGGGGUCCGAGGCCAGCGGAGGACGCCGCAGCAGACGCCGACGCAAACCGAGGCGGGCGCGCCGCGCGCUCUUAUAGGCCGGAGCGCCGCGCCCCGCCCAGCCCAGCCCGGAGCCAAUCGCCGCCCGCGCAUCCAGCCCGCGCCCCUGGGGGCGUCGGCACGUGAGUGGCCAGGAGGGGCCGGGGGGCGGGACCACGGGGGCCGCGCGGGGAGCCGUGCGCCCCGCGGCGCCGGCUCCCUCCGCCCAGCGGCUCUAAAACGCCCAGAAACAUGGAACUGUGGAAAGAUUCGGCCUUUCCCUUCCGACCCGUACGUCCGCGAGGUUGCGAGAGCGAGGGGAUGCAGUUGUCUUCAUGAUCUUCUACUACUUUGGGUGGAUAAGAAUCAGGUGAGACUCAUGCAAUCAACUGAAGACCUGAAUAGUUCAAAAAGACUGAAUAAGAGGGAACUUUUCCUGCCUGAAUCUCUGAGUCAGAGGAUCCAUCUUCUCCUGCCCUCCAACUGUUACGUACAUCAACCCUCCUGGUUCUCCAGCUUGCCCACUUCUCAGCCUCCAUCACCACCCCCCUCUGAAUCCAUCUUCCUGAUGCUCCAGCAGGUGGAGAGAAAAAUGAAUGAUGGCAGAACUCACAGAGAGCCAGCCCACUCUCCAAUCCACAUGGCUCCAUUUUCUCUCUUUGAUCUCACUGACAUCAAGAACACUACAUGUUAGUGAUUUAAUAAAAGAGAAAUACCUCACUCCUGUGACCCCUUUCUGCCUUUGUCCAUGGGCAGAGCUUUCUUAAGCUGAAGGCGCACUCAAAUGGAAUUGUGGAAAUA